AUGCAGGAAAAUCCCCCUAUGGUGAUCACAGCAGAGGUAGGAACCGGACUGGUUAAGCGAAUCCUAGUGGAUACCGGCGCGGAUUCGAACAUCAUGUUCCGCAAUGUAUUUGACGCCCUAGGUCUACGAGAUACUGACCUGAAGACACACCAGCAUGGUGUGGUCGGUCUCGGAGACCACUUCAUCAAGCCAGAUGGGAUAAUCUCUUUAUCGGUCUCCAUAGGCAGGGGUCCAGAGAGGAGGACUAUAAUGGCGGAGUUCGUUGUCUUGAGGGAUUCCACAGCCUACAACAUCAUAAAGGGCAAAGAAACCAUCAACGAACUCGAAGCAAUAAUCUACACCAAGUUAUUGGUAAUGAAGUUUGUUCCUGAUAAUGGGUCGAUUGGAUCCAUCAAGGGAGACUUAGAAACGGCAGUCGCAUGCGACAACGCCAACCUCUCCCUAAGGAAGAAAUCCAAGGAAGUAGCCAGGGUCUUCUUGGCCGACCUGGACGCAAGAGUCGAGGAUAAGCCCAGGCCAGAGCCCGAGGGAGACCUCGAGAAAAUCAAGGUCAGCGACUCGGAGGCAAAGUUCACCUUCGUGAACAGGAACCUCCCCCAUGAGUUAAAGGAGCCGUUGGUGGAGCUAAUUCGGAAAAACGGCGACCUGUUCGUGUGGACGCCAGCCGACAUGCCGGGUAUUGACAAGGUCAUGUCGCACCACCUAGCGGUGAGAUCGGAAGCUAAGCCGGUAGCGCAGAGGAGGAGGAAAAUGAAACGUAACGGGAAGUGGAGAAUGUGCAUAAACUACUCUGACGUCAACAAAGCCUGCCCCAAGGACUCUUUCUCCCUCCCUAAUAUUGAUGCACUGGUAGAUGCAGCCUCGGGUUACGAGUACCUGAGCUUCAUGGACGCCUAUUCUGGGUAUAACCAGAUCCUGAUGCAUCAACCGGAUGAAGAAAAGACGGCAUUCAAAAUGCAAGGGGGGAACAUAUUACUACAAGGUGAUGCCGUUUGGGCUGAAGAACGCGGGAGCCACGUACCAAAGGCUGAUGAACAAGAUAUUCUGUGA